AGUUCCUGUUUGUGAUUUCUGUCCCUAUAAAUAUUUUUUAGACCAUUCAAAGUUUUUUGCAAAGAAAAACAACAACAAAAUAGUAUAUACAUGGCCAAAAACUUUGUAACAAUAAUUAUAUAUAUACUUUUCUGUGGAUCAGCAGCUGGAAAUAGAGCAAAGCUGUUUUCUGCUAAAAGUCAAGGAAUAGCAGCAUUAGUCCCAAAAGGCGCUGAUGGCAUUUGCAAAUCAAUGGUUGAGAGACAUAACUAUGUCUGUCAAGAACAUAUGGUUACAACACAAGAUGGUUUUAUUCUUAGUAUGCAGAGAAUCCCAGUUGGGCAGUCUGGUGAGUCUCCGGAAAAAAGACCGCCUAUUCUGUUGCAGCACGGGCUAUUACUGGAUGGAGCAACUUGGCUGCUAUUACCUCCAAAGCAAUCUUUAGCAUUUCUUUUAGCUGAUAAUGGUUAUGACGUAUGGAUUGCCAACACUCGUGGAACUAAAUAUAGCCGCGGCCAUAUAUCACUUGCUCCAACUGAUCCAGCCUACUGGGAUUGGUCGUGGGACGAAUUAGUAGCUUAUGAUCUUCCUGCUACAUUUAAGUAUGUUCAUGAUCAAACAGGACAAAAGCUGCACUAUGUUGGGCAUUCACUGGGAACUUUGAUCGCGUUGGCUGCUUUUUCACGAAGUGAGCUAUUGAACAUGUUGAGAUCAGCUGUCUUACUUUGCCCAAUUGCUUAUGUUGGUCAGACAGUUGCCUCUCCACGUCGCAGAAUUAUCGCUGACAAAUUUUUUGCCGCUGACAAUUUUUUUGCUGAGACUUUGUACCAGUUAGGCCUCUACGAAUUUGAUCCCCGAGGGGAAGCUGUGGUAAAGUUUCUUCUUAAGGAUGUCUGUAAAAAACCAGGUGUUGACUGCACCAACUUGUUCACUGCUUUUACAGGACAGAAUUGCUGCCUGAAUUCCACCAUUGUAGAUAUAUUCCUGGAUCAUGAGCCUCAGUCAACAGCAACAAAGAACAUGAUUCAUCUGUCUCAGAAAGGCCGAUAGCAUGUUACGAAUUACAAUGAUGGAGAAAUGAGAAUAGAGAACAUUAUGGACCAGCCCACAACUCCAGUGUACAAGAUGAAACAUUAUGGACAGCCCAAACCUCCAGUGUACAAGAUGACAAGCAUUCCAAAUGAGCUUCCUCUCUUCCUCAGCUAUGGAGGGGCAGAUGCUCUUUCUGAUGUGAAAGACGUACAGCAUUUGCUGGAUAGCCUGAAGGGUCAUGAUGGAGAUAAGCUUGUAAUUCAGUAUAGAGAAGAUUAUGCUCAUGCAGAUUAUGUUAUGGCUGGAAAUGCUAAGCAAGACGUAUAUGAUCCUCUCAUGGCUUUCUUCAAACUCCAGUGAGAAGGUAUUUUGUUUGUUGUUAGCAGAUGCAAAUUUGUAUGCCUUUUUUCUUUUUGAAACUAUAAUUUUUUUUUUUUUUUUUUAAUUUCUAGUUGGUUGAUUAAUUAAGGUUGUAAACCAAAUAUAUAUAUAUAUA